AUUGUGUGUGUGUGUGCGUUUUACAAUAUUUAAUUACCGUAUAGAUAAAAUAAAACAUUAAUUUUAUUGUUUGCUUGCUUGUUUUUUUUUUAAUUUUGUUUGUAAAUUGUUUUGAAAAAUAUUCGAAUUCAUUCCAAAGUGAAAAUUAAUUACGUAAUUAAACAAUAGAAUAACAAUAGUGUAAAAUAAAAAAACAUUUAAAUCAAGCAAAGCAUUGAUGUUUUUAGUUUGUAUUACGAAUUUUGGUGAUCGAAUGAUUAUUAUUUUUUUUUUUUAAACAAUGAAUAUUAUUUUCAGUUUCAUUUUAUUAUUAUCUUUAAUACGAAUGAUUGUUGCCAAGAAUGUUGUUCAAGAUGAAAAUCCACAUAAACGAAUUAUGAUACCAUAUAAAUCAGUAUAUGGUGUACCAAGAAGAUGUACGGGAAGGUCUAAUCAUAAAACGACCGAAGAAAAUUAUCGAAUUUGUCAAAUAAAUGCGAUUAAAAAAUGGAAAAUAACAUUUGAACAUUAUUACACUGAAAGUUGGAAUUUCUGCUGUUUCGUGUAUGAUGUUUUGGAAUGCGAAACAAAAGUGUUGUAUGAAUGUGACGCAGACUAUUCGGAUCGAAAUGACAAAGAAACAAGACGAUUGUUUGAUAAAUCAUGUCAACCAAUCAUGGCAAACAAUCCUUGUAGCAAGAGUAAGGAUGGAGGUGAUGACUGGAUAUGGAAAGGAUUAGCAAUUGGUGCAGGAGUCGGACUAUUCUUGUAUUUGUUAUACUCAUGUAUUCAAUUUUGGAGAAAGGAGUAUAACACAGAAUUCAUUGCAAAAGAAGCUUACAAAGCAGAGAAAUUUCGACAAAAAUAUGAAAAGGAAUACAUUCGUGCGGUUUAUGACCAUGAAGUUGAAUUUCAAGAUAAACAAUAUUUCACAAAUGCUCCUAAACAAACAAGUGAGAAUGGAGAAGCACAACCAAUCAAAAAACAAGAAACUGCAAAAAUGUCGAAAAAAGAUUUGAAAAAAAUCAAUAAGAAAAUCAAUUCACAAAUCGAGGCAGAUUCGAAAAAUGAUCCGAGUUUCUGGGAUGAUUUCAAUAAAGAUCCAGACAAAUAUAAACAACCAACCGGGUUUAAGACGAAAGCUAAAAAAUAUUUCAAAAGGUUAUGGCCUUUUUCCAAUGGGAAUAGUGAAGAACAACUGAAAAGAGAAGAACUGAUCCGAUCGGAAGCUCGUCGACAGUAUGAAAAUAUCCGAAAAAAUCGAUUAGAAUUGGACAAAAUAUCAACAGGGAAUGAAAGUUCGAUUGAAGAAAUAAACGAAGAUCCUCUUAUGGCAAAAAUGCUCAGGACUUUGAAUCAAGAACAGGCCGAUAUUUAUCGUGAAACCAUAAAAACUACAAACAUUCCUGAAUCCGGAAAGAAGGAUCAGCUUAAAGAAUGGACGAAAAACUUCAAAGACAACAGGAAUAAGUUUCGAAAUGAAUUUGACAAAAAGUUCGAAAUGACAUUUGGUGAAGAAUCUGAUAACAAAUUAAUAAAAAAAGGGAAUUUGUUGAAAAGCUCAACUCAUGGAUCGAAAAAAACCGAAGAUGAAUCAACGAAAAUCCUAAGAAGUGAUUCAGACAAAGAUAAUAGGACACAAACACCGGUCAGCAUGAUAAGAAGGACAGAAUCAACAUCGAAACCAAAAGGAAGUCAAACCAAAGAAAGUUUGAAAAAAGUUGGAUCUCAAUUCAAGAAGCAACAAUCUACCUCUAGCGUUUUAAGCGAGCAAGCAUCAUUAUCAAAACCAGUAGAAAAUCAAACGACCGAAAUUCUAUCAAGUGAUUCGUCCCAAGUUGAAAAACCAUCAAAUCUCAAUCUAAUAGACGAGCAAAAAUCGACAUCGAAACCAGCAAAUGAUCAAGUGACAAUAAUUCAAGCAAAUGAUUUGCCAGAAGUCAAAAAACCAGAAUCAACAAUCAUCAAUGUAAACGAACAACAAUCGACAUCGAAACCAGCAGAUGAUCAAGUCAUCAAAAUUCUAUCCAGUGAUGAAACAUCAGAUUCCAGUAUAGUAAGUAAAAAUUCAAUGAAAGAAAUCAACAAUAAAGAUGAAGAGAAGAUGAAUAAAAUCAAUCAGUUAAUGAUUGAUUUGAAUGAUAAAAAUGAUGAAAUAGUAGAACUUUCAUCAUCAUCAUCAUCAGUACCGAAAGAAAUGUCAUGGAUAGAAAAAAUAGCAACACAUCAAAGAUUAUGGAAUGAAUCAUCCAUAGUGUUUGAACCAUUAGAAUAUCGUAUUGAACCAAUAUUGACGGAUGAAGAAAAACAUAUUGUAAGUCAAGCAAUCGAACAAAGUACUGAAAAAAAAGAAUACAGAUCAUCGAUUCUAAAAGAAAUUGAAUUCACUGAAAUUGAACGUUUAAAACAACCACUUAGUGAAAGUGAUCGUAAUACAUUAAAUGAAUUUAAAGAAAUAUUUAAAAAAAGAUUAUCUAUCGAUCCAAAUAAGCCUGAAUAUCCUAUAUCAAAAUUUAGACGUAAAUUAGUUGAUGGUCCAAAUCCAGUUAUAAGUGCAGAACAAGAAGAUUUUCUUUACUAUGAAUCGAUGAUUAAACCAAAAAUAUACAAUAAACCAGUCGAUUAUAAUGUUUGGUUUUUCAAAGAACUUUUUACAACUAAAGGAAAAUAUUUUUAUGAUCCUACACAUAGUCAUUCAUUGUCAAAACGAAUGCAAAGAUCAAUGAAUCAAGCAUUUUUACAAACAACAACAACACAAAUGCCUGAACAUCCAUUUACUGAUUUUAGUUAG